AAGCGGACCGGCCACAGUUGAGCAGAGAAUUAGCGUGGAAAAAUAGUGAGUGCUUGCAAAGCACCUUGCCGGCAGAACGGAAGAAGCACCGCUUCACACAGUUACUUUUUGUGAUAUUUAUUUAAGUGUUAUAUUUAUAAAUUUUAUUUGAGAUGGAGGUACUUCCCAUGCAAAACGCACACGUGGAAUAUCAAAAACAAAACAAGUGGUAUUACGACCCCAGGCCUUUACUGGAAGACCAGAAAUGCGGGGCGCAGGUCGAGUUCUUGUCCAAGAAGCUGGAGGAGGAGAUCAGAGCCGCGAAGAGGACCCACCUCUCCUGCGGCGAGGUCCUGCUCCCCUGCGGCCUGCUGCAGAAAGUUUCCAAGGAUAUCUUGCAGAUAUCGGAGUCAGAACUUUGCGGGCUUCGCGGAAUGAACCUCUAUCUGUUAUUCGAGGGUGAAGAGGACUGCAGGCGGUUGAGUUUUGUGAAGAUCGACCCCACGACACCGUCGACUUUCGAGGUGUACUUGACUUUCAAACAAGCCAAUGCCGGCUGGGCCUUCCUACCACAGUUCUUAAAAAAGAUUGCGAGGGGUGGUACAGUGAUAAUAAGCACCGAGUACGAGCUCACCAAGAAGAAGUUGUACCGGUCGGGCUCUGCUUGUGAGUAGGCAUUGCUUUUUUUGAAAACGAGAGACUGAAAAAAUCCUCCACCGCACGACACCUACGAAGUACUAAUUUUUCUAUUUUUAUAUUAUUAUAAAGGAAAAAAUAAUGUGAAAAAAGCGCAGCGUGAUUAUUAGUUUUUAGUUAUUACAGUUAUUUUUUAACAGUAUUGAUUUAACCUCUUGGAAGGUUAAAAAGCGAACGAAUGGUCCAAAAAGGCCCUUUAAGGAUUCCCGUGGGGAGUCCGUGAUCUUAUAAGUGAUAUAUGUAUUAUAAUAAUGCAUUUUAUGAUAUAAAUUCGUACCUGUUGUACUUAAAAAUGUUUCAAGUAUUUUUAAAAAGUUGAAGCUUUUUUUCGGCCGGUGUGGUGCGGGGCGCAGUCGGUCGUUUCACCAAAAAUCAAAAACCAUACCAAAAAAAUAUCAUCCGAAACGUCGGCUGCUCUCCGGCUAGCCGGUGAAUUUUUAAUCAUUUUUGUUCUUGUGAUAUAAUAUAGUCUAGAGUGUUUUCUGUGAAAGUAAUAAGAGAACAUGCAUGGAUCGUACAAAUUUUAAAAUAAAGCAUGUAUGUUUCUAUUAUAUUAAGAGGCUAUAAUAUUAGAUGUGUAAGAUAUUUUAUAUAAGUUUUGAUAACUGAAUAGGCGUAGACUUAGUUCAGGCCACUUAUAUGUGUGAUACUACGGUACAGGGCAGGUUCUGUACGAAAUCUCAUGCUUUUUGUACUACGACAGUGAUUAUUAAUAAAAAACGAUUUUUUUUACAA